AAAAAUGAUAGAUUACAUUUUAACACAAUGAAUAGUGAAAUGGUUUAUUUUCUUUUUAUUUGUUCACUCUGUUUUUAGAUAUAGUUUUAAACAUGAUCAUUUGUAUAUUUAUAAUGGAUUAAAAUUGUUUAAUGUUUAAAGUCUGAGCCCAAAUCAGUAAAAUCACAAAAUUAAAUUAAAACUUAGAUUGUUUAGGUUAUAUAUAUAUAUACACCCAAAAUGGUGCCAAGUUUUGUCAACUGGUCUCCCUUGAGUAGUAUAUAAAAGCCAGUGCAGUGGGUAUAAGUCAAGAUAAUGUCAGUAUCUUAAAUCACUGUCGUUACUGAUAGGACGUCUCAGGUGGAGCGCGCACCUUGCUGUUUUGUUAUACACCUGCUCUACUACCGGAAGUAAUGACGAGAUUUUUCCACGCGCAAGCGUUGACCUCAGGUGAGGAAUUUAUGGCAAGAAUCUUGUCGAGCUUGAAAUGUGAAUCUGUGACUACAGAAACUGCGUCUCACCCUCUGUGUCGACAGAAGCAUAUUUUGUCUUGUCAGUAGGAAGAUACUGAUACUUGUUCGGGAAUAUCUGUAUUUCUUGCUCUGUUUUCAAUUGGGAAAUUGUUGUUUUAGGUAUGUCUCGCGGUUCAGGAAUUAUUCCAGAUGAGUCCAUGUUUAAUGAAUUCAAAAAACAAUGUGUGUCAACGGAGAGUUGGCUCAGCAAGUACGAUAAGAAUAGCAUGGAGGUCUGGGUCGAGAUGGCCCCUCUACCCUCGUCCCAAGGAAACAAAGGCAGCUAUUCCAAAGUGCACAAAAUCAAGUGUAGAAUAACCAUAAAUGAUGUGUCGGCUGCUACUAUGUACGACGUGCUUCUCGACAGCCAGUAUCGGAAGACAUGGGACCCUACAAUGCUUGAGAGCUUUGACAUCGCUCGUUUGGCACACAAUGCUGAUGUGGGCUACUAUUCAUGGCUUUGUCCAAAACCAUUGAAGAACAGAGAUGUGGUAACCCUGCGUACAUGGCAGGUGUCUGAGGACGAGUAUGUGAUCAUUAACUUCUCUGUGAAGCAUCCGAAAUAUCCCCCACGUAAGGAUUUGGUAAGGGCAGUUUCCGUUCUAACGGGUUACCUCAUCAAACCAACAGGGCCUAACAGCUGCAUUUUCACAUACCUCUCACAAGCUGAUCCCAGAGGGUCUCUUCCAAAAUGGGUUGUCAACAAAGCAUCUCAAGUUCUGGCUCCAAAAGUCUUAAGAAGUGUUCACAUGGCAGGUCAAAAAUACCCUGCAUGGAAGGCAGCACAUUCUCCUGACCACAAGCCAUGGCUGUACCCCAUACAGAGCGAACUGCCCAUGAUGGAUCCAGCAGAGCUGUCCAUCCAGCGUGGAGACUCGCUGGAGAACGUGGAUGAGAGCUCAACCAAAGACGCCCAACAGAAUGAAGACAGCAGCUAAAAUGGCUCCACAAAAAGGAAAUAUACGGACAGUCUUUUAGACUCUGUGUCCAUGUCACAGGGUCAGUCCAUUACAUCCCACCCCACUUACAUGGUCAGCUUUGUGUUGUUGACACUAAACAUUCCUCCCUCUCGCACACAGAAAUUGUUUACAGACAUUGUGCUCAGCACUGUAGAGUUAUCACUUUGGUACAUGUGACCGAUGAGUAAUAGGAAUAUCCAUUUGAUGUUUACCGCAUAACUUUGCACUUACUACGCACAAGAUAAUCCAUUACCUAAAAUGUCUAUUUUUUUUUUCUUAUGGCAGUGCACACACAACGUAAUGGUGCUUUAUCAAACAAUAGAAAAUACUAUGCAGUUCUGCUCCUUAAUUUAAAACAUUUAAAACAAUUUUUUUUUGCUUGUUUUGUAAUUUAUUAUUAAAUUAGUCGAAAUCCAACUGACAUUUUGGAAAUGCAGUUGAAUAGGAUGUUUAAUUCUUUGAUUCGUAGAUUUAAUAGUCAUCUUAAAAUAUCUAGUAGGGGAGAGGUAACUUGAAAUGUCUUUUGUUUUUGUAUUUAUUUUGAGUGCCUUUUAAAGAGGUGUGUCCAUAUUGGCAUGUGUGCAAGAAUGAAUGACUGACACCAAACAACCAGGGGAGAAAACUUGUUUAAUGUCUCUGUAAUAUGACCAAAACAGUGGUAUUACCUCAGAUUUAUUACUUAACGUGGUAUUAUUUGAGUUGCCUGCAACAGGCAGAGGAAAAUGUAUGGAAAAGUUCAUGAUAGAGCUGUUCUGUACACUUAAAUUAUGUACUAUGUGUUAAGCCCUUAAGCAUGAAAGAAAACAAAAUAUUAAAGGAACAGUUCACACAAAAAUGAAAAUUAUCUCAUCAUUUACUCACCCUUAUGCCAUCCCAGAUGACUUACUUUCUUCAGCAGAACAUAAUUUUUUUUAGAAGAAUUUCUCAGCUCUUGUGGUCCAUACAAUGUAUGUGAAUGGGUGCCAACAUUUUGAAGCUCCAAAAAUCACAAAAGUCAGCAUAACAGUAAUCCAUAAGACUCCAUUGGUUAAAUCCAUAUAUUUAGAAGUGAUAUGAUAGGUGUGGAUGAGAAACAUAUCAAUAUUUAAGUCCAUUUUUGCUAGAAAUUCUUCUCCCUGCCCAGUAGAGGGUGUAUGCAUGAAGAAUGUGAAUACAAAAAAAAAAAAAAAAUAAUGGUAUAGUAAAAAUGUAUUACUUUAAUGCUGACGUGUGAUUUUUGGAGCGUAAAAAAUUUGGCACUCAUUUACUUGUAUUGUAUGGACCUACACAGCUAAAAUAUUCUUCUAAAAAUCUUAAUUUGUGUGCAGAAGUAAGAAAGUCAUACACAUGUGGGAUGGCAUGAGGGUGAGUAAAUAAUGAGAGAAUUUUCAUUUUUGGGUGAACUAUCCCCUUAACACAAAUGUGAUACCAGUGUUGUUUAAUUUCAUGCUAGGUUUUCCAAAAAGCCUUUCCCAUUAAACAUUGUCACUCCAAUAGGUUGGAAGUUGCCCAUAUUUCUAAUGAAUAUUUUUCUUCAGGGG